AUAGGGAAGAGUAAAAUCCGCACUCCCCAGCUUGGCUAGCCGGGCGGGCUGAGGGUGACCGGAGCGCUCCAGCUGGAGCUCGGAGCUCCGACUGGGUGGGGUGGUUCUUGCUGCUCCGCCGCUGUCACCGCCAGCCGCCCCUCCCGUCUUCACUUCCUCUCGGAGCCCCCGCCGCCCCAAAGACUCGGGGAUCCCAGCUGCCGCUGCCAGCCGACGCCACGCCCUGGCUUCAGCCUGCGGGGCUCCAACCAGACUAACCCAGAACUGGGCUUCAAGGAAGAAGGGACCCCUGACAUCUCCAUCUCCACAGAAGUUCCAAUUGGUCUGAGCAGCCUCCUUACUUCAGGAUGACCUCGCCCUCCAGCCCUCCAGCUUUCAGGCUAGAGACAUCAGAUCAAAACCAAGAAGAUGGUGCUGAGGUGGACAGAGGAAAGCAUGGGCCUCCCCCCAUGGAGUCACCAUUCCAGGGCGAGGACCGGAACUUCUCCCCUCAGAUAAAAGUGAACCUCAACUACCGAAAGGGACUGGGUCCUAGCCAGCCAGACCCAAACCGCUUUGAUCGUGAUCGACUCUUCAGUGUGGUCACCCGAGGUGUCCCUGAAGACCUGGCUGGGCUACAAGAGUACCUGAACCGGACCAGCAAGUACCUCACUGACUCAGAAUACACAGAGGGCUCCACAGGGAAGACAUGUCUGAUGAAGGCGGUGCUGAACCUUCAGGAUGGAGUCAAUGCCUGCAUCCUGCCAUUGCUGCAAAUCGAUAGAGACUCUGGCAAUCCGCAGCCCCUGGUUAAUGCCCAGUGCAUGGAUGAGUACUACCGAGGCCACAGUGCCCUGCAUAUUGCCAUUGAGAAGAGGAGCCUGCAAUGUGUGAAGCUCCUGGUGGAGAAUGGGGCAGAUGUGCAUGCCCGUGCCUGUGGCCACUUCUUCCAGAAGAGACAGGGAACUUGCUUCUAUUUUGGUGAGCUGCCUCUAUCUCUGGCUGUUUGUACUAAGCAAUGGGAUGUGGUGACCUAUCUCCUGGAGAAUCCGCACCAACGUGCUAGCCUGCAGGCCACUGACUCCUUGGGGAACACAGCCCUCCAUGCCCUGGUGAUGAUUGCAGACAACUCUAAAGAGAACAGUGCACUGGUGAUCCGCAUGUAUGAUGACCUUCUCCAAGCAGGGGCCCGCCUCUGCCCCACUGUGCAGCUUGAAGACAUUUGCAACUUGGAGGGCCUCACGCCCUUGAAGUUGGCUGCCAAGGAGGGUAAAAUUGAGAUUUUCAGGCACAUCUUGCAACGGGAGUUCUCAGGACUGUGCCAGCCCCUUUCUCGAAAGUUCACCGAGUGGUGCUAUGGGCCUGUUCGGGUGUCACUGUAUGACCUGGCCUCUGUGGACAGCUGGGAGGAGAACUCAGUGCUGGAGAUCAUUGCCUUUCACUGCAAAAGCCCGCACCGACACCGCAUGGUGGUUUUGGAGCCACUGAACAAACUGCUGCAGGCGAAAUGGGAUUUGCUCAUCCCCCGGUUCUUUUUCAACUUCCUGAGUUACCUGAUCUACAUGUUGGUCUUCACUGCUGUGGCUUACCACCAGCCUGCUCUGGAGAAGCAGGCCUUCCUCCCGCUGAAGGCAACAGGUGGAAACUCUAUGCUGCUGCUGGGCCACAUCUUGAUCCUGCUUGGGGGAAUCUACCUCCUCUUGGGCCAGCUGUGGUACUUCUGGCGCCGACGUCUGUUCAUCUGGAUCUCCUUCGUGGACAGUUACUUUGAAAUUCUCUUUCUGCUCCAGGCUCUGCUCACGGUGCUGUCCCAGGUGCUGUGUUUCAUGGCCAUCGAGUGGUACCUGCCCCUACUUGUGUCCUCGCUGGUUCUGGGCUGGCUGAACCUGCUUUACUAUACACGUGGCUUCCAGCACACAGGCAUCUACAGCGUCAUGAUCCAGAAGGUCAUCCUGAGGGACCUACUCCGUUUCCUUCUGGUCUACUUAGUCUUCCUUUUUGGCUUUGCUGUAGCCCUGGUGAGCCUAAGCCGAGAGGCCCGGGACUCUGGAACCCCUGCAGGAAACAAUGCCACCGAGGUAGCUCAGCCUGGGACAGAGCAGGAGGAUGAGGCAACACCAUACAGGGGCAUCAUGGAUGCCUCCCUGGAGCUCUUCAAGUUCACCAUUGGCAUGGGCGAGCUGGCUUUCCAGGAACAGCUGCGCUUCCGUGGGGUGGUCCUGCUGCUGCUGCUGGCCUACGUGCUGCUCACCUACGUCCUUCUUCUCAACAUGCUCAUCGCUCUCAUGAGCGAGACCGUCAACAACGUUGCCACGGAUAGCUGGAGCAUUUGGAAGCUGCAGAAAGCCAUCUCUGUCUUGGAGAUGGAGAAUGGCUACUGGUGGUGCAGAAGGAAGAAGCAACGGGCAGGUGUGCUACUGAAAGUUGGCACCAGGCCAGAUGGCACCCCUGAUGAACGCUGGUGCUUCAGGGUAGAGGAAGUGAACUGGGCUUCGUGGGAGCAGACACUAUCCACAGUGCGUGAGGAACCCUCGGAAGGCAAUGCCCCUGGUUCCAUGAAGAACCCCAUUCUGGCUUCCCAACCUGGGGAGGAUCAUGCCUCAGAGGAAGACCAUCUUCCUCUUCAGGUGCUUCAGUCUCACUGAUGGUCCAUACGCAGGAGGCCAGCAGGAUAGAGUGAAGAAUCUUUCCAGCCACUCAUGCUUGCUCUGGGGAUCUUUAAUUUUCUUGGC